AUGGCUCCAUCGUUCUUCUGUCCUCUUCCAACGACCACGGCUAAAUGGCUCGGGGAGCGUUAUACCGUUCACGUCCUCGAUCGGGCCGUUAUAGGUUAUUUGGCUUCCACGACUGAAUCUCCGGAAGCUGUUCGUGAUGGAUACGGUGGGGCGUAUCUCACCUUCUUUGAGACCUGCGGUCUUUUCUUCCCGAUCCUAGAGCCUAUCCUUAGUAUUCUGGCGGAGCUGGUCAGGGCUCGCGAAGAGGGUUUAUUGUUCGACCUUGAGGAGCUUCGUCAUCUCGUUUUGAUGAAACGAAACAACCAAAACUCUGGGACCUUUCUUAUGUCUCCCCGUCCAGGAUGUCACAUCAUACAUGGUAUCCUGUAUCGUGAUCAGAACUGGCGAGAAGAAUUCUUUGUCUUCAAGAUCGACGAGGCGUCUGUGGGAAAUUUUGAUUUCUCGAGGCUUCCCCGCAAUUGGGCUGAGAAUAUAGCUGCCUUCUCGAUGCUAGACGGAUCGGGUGUUGCCUCGGAGAUUGCAGGCGCCUUCGAAGAUGAAGCGGAGCACUCUCAGAAGAAGGUAGGGGAUUCUUCUACCAAUCCUACUCCUUCCGAUAGGCUGGAGAGGCAGCUUGCAAGGAGGUCGUCGUUUCGUACCAUUAGGUCGGCGUCGGCGGGCAAAGCCGCUAGUAGGCUGCCUCCGAUUUCAAUUCUGGAUUCGGACGAUGAGGGUUCCCCCGAAGCUCGGAGACCUCCUGUCCCUUUGAGUCCCGGCUUGCGGGAUAAUUCUGAUGCUGCGAGCCGUAAACGGCGUCACUCGUCGAAGGCCGUUAUGGAGGAGCCGUCUCGUUCCAAGCGAAAAUCGAAAGGUCAGAGGUUUGGUCUAGAGGGAGAUGGUCCUUCAUCCGUGGGCUAG